AUGAGCGCGGCGGUGGGCGGGCCUCUCCCGUCCAUUGUUCUCGGUGCCCCACGGGCUUGAGCUGAGGUGACUCCGGAGGGGCCGGACCGAGCCCGGAGGCGCUUUUGCGCGCGGAGCCGCGGCCGGAGCGGGACUCUGUCUCCGGAGAGCAGGUCUGCCUGCCUGUGGAGAGUUGGGGAGGGCCGUGUCUUCUCAGAGAGUGUGGCUGGAGAAGCCUCGAAGCCCCCGGCGCGUGGAUGAUGGCUGCGGAGGUGCCGAGCGUGACCGCUCCCCUGAGCCCCGUGGGCCAGGUGCCCCAAGAGGAGGACGAGCAGGAGGAGGCGGAGGUCACCACCAUGAUGCUGGAGGACGACGCCUGGGUGCAGGAAGCUGUGCUGCAGGAGGAGGGCCCUGAGCCUGAGCCCCUCGCGCAGGGCAAGGGCAGCCCCCAGGAGGAGGCAGCGGCCGGGGGGCCGCAGGGCGCGCUCGGCCGCCUCCGAGAGCUGUGUCGGCGCUGGCUGAGGCCAGAGGUGCACACCAAGGAGCAGAUGUUGACUGUGCUGCCGCGGGAGAUUCAGGCCUGGCUGCGAGAGCAUCGGCCCGAGAACGGCGAGGAGGCCGUGGCCCUGGUGGAAGACUUGACCCAGACCCUGCGGGACCGAGAUUUUGACACACACAGCGACAACGGGGAGAGUGACUCCGAGACAGGCCGUGCGUCCCGGGCCCGCGGGGAGGUGCCGCCCCAGGGCAGGGACGAGGGCCAGCUCAUAGGCCUGCAGGGCACCUACCUGGGUGAGAAGCCCUACGAGUGCCCGCAGUGCGGGAAGACCUUCAGCCGGAAGUCCCACCUCAUCACGCACGAGCGCACGCACACGGGCGAGAAGUACUACAAGUGCGACGAGUGCGGGAAGAGCUUCAGCGACGGCUCCAACUUCAGCCGGCACCAGACCACCCACACGGGGGAGAAGCCCUACAAGUGCCGGGACUGCGGGAAGAGCUUCAGCCGCAGCGCCAACCUCAUCACGCACCAGCGCGUCCACACGGGCGAGAAGCCCUUCCAGUGCGCCGAGUGCGGCAAGAGCUUCAGCAGGAGCCCCAAUCUCAUCGCCCACCAGCGCACCCACACCGGGGAGAAGCCCUACUCGUGCCCCGAGUGCGGCAAGAGCUUCGGCAACCGCUCCAGCCUCAACACGCACCAGGGCAUCCACACGGGCGAGAAGCCCUACGCGUGCAAGGAGUGCGGCGAGAGCUUCAGCUACAACUCCAACCUCAUCCGGCACCAGAGGAUCCACACCGGCGAGAAGCCCUACGCGUGCAGCGAGUGCGGCCAGAGGUUCAGCCAGAGCUCGGCGCUCAUCACGCACCGGCGCACGCACACGGGCGAGAAGCCCUACCAGUGCGCCGAGUGCGGCAAGAGCUUCAGCCGCAGCUCCAACCUGGCCACGCACCGCCGCACGCACCUGGUGGAGAAGCCCUACAAGUGCGGGGCGUGCGGGAAGAGCUUCAGCCAGAGCUCCAGCCUGAUCGCGCACCAGGGCGUGCACACCGGCGAGAAGCCCUACGAGUGCCGGGCGUGCGGCGAGAGCUUCAGCUGGAGCUCCAACCUGGUCAAGCACCAGCGCGUGCACACGGGCGAGCGGCCGCACAAGUGCGGCGAGUGCGGGAAGGGCUUCAGCCAGCGCUCGCAGCUCGUGGUGCACCAGCGCGUGCACACCGGCGAGCGGCCCUACCAGUGCCUCCUGUGCGGCAAGAGCUUCAGCCGCGGCUCCAUCCUCGUCAUGCACCAGCGGGCACACCUGGGCGACAAGCCCUACCGCUGCCCCGAGUGCGGCAAGGGCUUCAGCUGGAACUCGGUCCUCAUCAUCCACCAGCGCAUCCACACCGGGGAGAAGCCCUACCGGUGCCCCGAGUGCGGCAAGGGCUUCAGCAACAGCUCCAACUUCAUCACCCACCAGCGGACCCACGUGAAGGGGAAGCUGUGCUGACGCUGCGGGGGGAGGGGGACCAACUUCACCACCCAGCAGCGGACCCACGUGGAGGAGGAGCCGUGCUGACGCUGCGGGGGGAGGGGGAGCCGGCCCCCUGAACCAUCCCUGGGGUUUCCUCUGCUGCAGUCUUGCCCGGCUCUCAUUCCUAGGGCACUGGGCAGAGGCCAGCCUCGCCACGUUCGAGAACAGAAACUGGGUCUCAUGUUUCACCGCUUGGUUGGGCUUCUCCCUGAUUCUUCUGUGCCUCAGUUUCCUCCUUGGCCUGGGGGGAGGGGGAAAUGUGUCUCUGUGUGAGACGGAAGACAAAGAAAUACCAGACAUGUGUGUGUGUGUGUGGUUGUUUUGCUGCCACUGUUGGGCCAAGGUGCCUUCACCCCAAGCCGCCAGCCUCCCGGGUCCCUGCCCACAGCAGAACCUGCUUCUCCCGUCUGCGCCGUCUUGGGCUUCAGUAUCAGCUCACGAUGGAGGGGCCUCUGCAGCUCCGAGACACGCACGUGAAGGUCAAGCCCUUUCUAUUUCCGUAAAGUGUCCAGAACCAACACGCUGCAGCCUGGAACGCAGGCCCCAGCGCCCCUUCCACUGGUCGGAGGCCAGGGCCUGUCGGGAGAGGUCUGCACAGAGGGCACCACGUGGUCUGCUCACUGCCCUGUGUUAAGUCGGCUGUCAGGGGAACACACUUGACCCUGGGCCUCGUGUUUGCAGCGUGACGUUGGACCCCAGGACACCUGCCGUCCGGGGUGCCGGUUUGUCUCAUCAAGGGCCAACAGUCCUGCAACCUGCAGACUCCCACGCCCAGACUCCUGAGUUAACUCCGUCUAUGCAUUCGUGAUCUCCCUGUUAACGUUUUCACUUUCUCUGCAGAGCUAGCACUCUGUCCGCUUUUCUGUACUGAGAACACCGUUAAGGGUUGAUUGAGGACAUCAGCGCUUCUGGGGAGACGGGGGCUGGGGGCCGGAGCUUGUCCUCCUCCUGUCACCGCUGACCUGGGGAUGCUGGCAGUGGAGACGGGAAUGCGAGCAGAUGAGGGGGUUGCUAAAAGGAAGGGGGGCGGGCAGGUGUUUCCCAGAAAUGGGAGGUCGCCACCUGCUGCUGCCUGUGGAAUCUGCUCAGAAUCAGCCUGGAUUCCCAGGGGACAGACGUGGCACGCCGCCGAAUAAAGUGGAGUCCCGUUCUGA